GCUGUGAGGACGGGGCUUCUGGGCGGCUCUCUGGGUGCAUUUCCAGGCUGCAAAGAGCUCGGCUCUGGUUUCUGCCCCCUUGGAUUUCGGUCCCGCGUGUGGGCGUCUAAAAGGAAACCAGAAGCCGGUAAGUGAUACAAAAACCUCCUCUUACUUCUGGGAUUUGACCCAGCAGGGGGACAAUCCGGACCGACCUGGAGAGCUGCCUUGUCGUGAGUUCCAGGAACCGAGUCAUUUUCUCAGUGGAGAGAAUGACUUCGUCCCGGUCUCCGUGCUCGCCCGCGCCCUGCUCGUUACCCAGUGUCAGACGACAGGCCUGUGGAUUAACUUUAAUGACAACCGUUCGGCCUCCACCUGCCUGAACCCAGCACCAUACACCCGCUCCCGCUGGCAGCGAGUUUACCAGACUGAGCUUUCUCGUUGACGUUGGGAGACAGUUCUCUGGGGAGAGUUGGUGCCCAUGCUCUUAGUACACAACUUAAGCACAUAACACGUCACUGUGGCGAAAAUAGUAUUUCGAGGAUUUUUUUUUCUGUUGCAAUCGAUAGAGUGAAAAGCGUCGUCUUGAGUGUGUGCCUCAUUGUACUGCGUUCAGCUUAGUAAUGAAGCCACCAUUAUGUCCUCCGUCAGUGAAAUAGAUGUGGAUAUCAAAGAUUUCCUAAUGAGCAUUAAUUUGGAGCAGUAUCUUUCCCAUUUUCAUGAGUGUGGUUUUAACAGCGUGAAGGGCUGUGCAGCAAUAAAUGACAGCGUGCUUCAGAGAAUCGGAAUAUCACCUACAGGACACCGUAGGAGGAUCCUUAAACAGCUACAGAUAAUCUUGUCAAAAAUGCAAGAUAUCCCAAUAUAUGCAAACGUUCAUAAAACGAAGAAAGCCGAUGAUACUUCAAAGGAUCGUCAUCCUCCGUCUUCUGAUCAGAACGUGGGCAUAGAACCUUCCGAUUCUAGUCAUGUUCAGACAUCUGCACAGUUGGGGACUGAUACUAAAAACCUUGAUCCCAAUGACCUCAGUGUGGAAGACAGCCAAUCUGUCAAAUCCCAUGGCGGGCUGUCUCUUUUCCCCCAUGACUUCCCCAUUCUGGAAGAAGAACCACACCCAAAUUUGGGUUCCUUUCAAGAUUCUUUAUUUAGUAGUGGAAAUACUAAAAUAGACCCUUUGAUUCCAAAGAAGACCAAGGAUUGUACAAUUGAAGAACAACAAACAGAAAAAGUCGAUUUGACUUCAGAAAAUCUGGGCAGACUUCCUGAUCCUGACCCUGAGUGUCUUUCUUCCCUUGGCUGUUCAACAUCAGAGGGAAAUUCUGGAAAUGGAGCUAACGGUGUCUUAGAAAUAGCACCACCAUCGCCAUUCUUUCAAUUUCAAGGAGAAAUGGUGGUGAACGAUUUGUAUGUCCCGUCAUCGCCAAACCUAGCACCUAUGAGAAGUCGUAGCAAGUUGGUUUCAAGACCAUCGCGGUCUUUUCUGCUAAGACAUCGACCUGUGCCGGAGAUUCCAGGGUCAACAAAAGGAAUUUCAGGGAGCUAUUUCCGAGAAAGAAGAAAUGUUUCUACCUCAACUGGAAAAUCUACAACGUUGCAGAAUUCAAAUGAAGAGAAUUCAUCUUCCAUCUUUCCUUAUGGAGAGACCUUUCUCUUCCAGAGACUAGAAAAUUCCAAGAAGAGAUCUAUAAAAAAUGAAUUUUGGACCCAUGAAGAAACGCUCAAAGGGGAAGCCACUAAUUCAAGAAACACUUUUUUCAUCAAAUCGAGUGUCUAUGAUAACAGGAAGGAGAAAAUCAGUGAAGACAAAGUAGAAGAUAUUUGGAUACCUCGGGAGGACAAGAGCAGUCAGCUGAUAGACUCUGCUUCCGAAUCAGAGUAUUCAACGGUAGAAGAAUGCUUUCAGAGCUUAAGAAGAAAAAAUUCCAAGGCCUCUAAAUCUAGGACUCAAAAAGCAUUGACUCUGGACUCAGUUAAUCGGCACAGCUAUCUGAUAAGCUGCACGAGCGGCAAUGCUGAUGCUUCGGCCGUGUCCUCAAACGCAAUCUCUCCCUAUGCCUGCUUCUAUGGAGCAUCCGCAAGGAAGAUUAAAUCGGGGUGGCUAGACAAACUCUCUCCUCAAGGAAAGCGCAUGUUUCAGAAGAGAUGGGUGAAAUUUGAUGGCCUUAGCAUUUCUUACUACAAUAACGAGAAGGAAAUGUAUUCAAAAGGAAUAAUUCCCCUCUCUGCCAUAUCUACCGUACGAGUUCAAGGAGAUAGCAAAUUUGAAGUUGUUACAACUCAAAGAACUUUUGUUUUUAGAGUAGAAAAAGAAGAGGAGAGAAACGACUGGAUCAGCAUCCUGUUAAACGCACUGAAAUCCCAGUCCCUUACCUCGCAGUCCCCAGCAGUGGUCACACCUGAAAAAUGUGGAUAUCUUGAAUUGAGAGGUUAUAAAGCCAAGAUUUAUACUGUGUUAAGUGGCAACAGCGUGUGGCUUUGCAAAAAUGAACAGGAUUUUAAGAGCGGUCUUGGCAUUACCAUAAUCCCUAUGAAUGUAGCAAAUGUAAAGCAAGUGGACCGAACUGUGAAACAGUCUUUUGAAAUCAUCACUCCCUACAGGAGUUUCAGCUUUACAGCCGAGUCUGAGAAAGAGAAACAAGACUGGAUUGAAGCUGUGCAGCAGUCGAUAGCAGAAACCCUCUCUGACUACGAAGUAGCUGAGAAGAUUUGGUUCAACGAGUCUAACAGGAGCUGUGCAGAUUGUAAAGCCCCGGAUCCCGACUGGGCAUCUAUCAAUCUCUGUGUUGUCAUCUGUAAGAAGUGUGCAGGACAGCAUAGAUCUUUGGGACCAAAAGAUUCUAAGGUGAGAAGUCUCAAAAUGGAUGCCAGCAUUUGGAGCAAUGAGCUCAUUGAGCUUUUCAUCGUCAUUGGAAACAAAAGAGCGAAUGACUUUUGGGCUGGUAAUCUUCAAAAGGAUGAAGAAUUACAUGUGGACUCGCCAGUAGAAAAGAGAAAAAACUUUAUAACUCAGAAAUAUAAAGAAGGGAAAUUCAGGAAGACCCUUUUGGCAUCUCUUACCAAAGAAGAAUUAAAUAAGGCUCUGUGUGCCGCUGUAGUGAAACCAGAUGUUCUGGAAACCAUGGCUUUGCUGUUUAGUGGAGCGGAUGUCAUGUGUGCGACUGGAGACCCCAUCCAUAGCACCCCCUAUCUGCUGGCCAAGAAGGCUGGGCAGAGUCUCCAAAUGGAGUUUCUCUACCAUAACAAAUUCUCAGAUUUCCCUCAACAUGAUGUUCACUCAGAGGGUGGAUUAAGUCAGGACUCUUGCCAGUCCACCUUCCUCUGUGACUUUUUGUAUCAAGCUCCUGCUGCUGCUUCUAAACUCUCUUCAGAGAAAAAACUGCUGGAAGAGACAAAUAAAAAAUGGUGUGUUUUGGAAGGAGGCUUCUUGAGUUAUUAUGAAAAUGAUAAGUCUACCACACCUAACGGCACUAUUAACAUCAACGAAGUUAUCUGCCUGGCUAUACACAAAGAGGACUUCUAUUUAAAUACUGGGCCCAUCUUUAUCUUUGAGAUUUACUUACCCUCUGAGCGUGUGUUUUUAUUUGGAGCUGAAACAUCUCAGGCUCAAAGAAAAUGGACAGAGGCAAUAGCUAAGCAUUUUGUUCCCUUUGUUGCUGAAAACCUAACAGAAGCUGACUAUGAUUUGAUUGGUCAACUCUUCUAUAAGGAUUGCCAUGCUCUGGAUCAGUGGAGAAAAGGCUGGUUUGCUAUGGACAAAUCUAGUUUGCGUUUUUGCCUUCAAAUGCAAGAAACCCAGGAAGAUAGAAUGCAUUUAAGAAGACUGCAAGAGCUAACGAUUAGCACAAUGGUUCAAAAUGGAGAAAAAUUGGAUGUCUUACUCUUGGUAGAAAAAGGGAGAACAUUAUACAUCCAUGGGCAUACCAAGUUGGAUUUCACAGUCUGGCAUACUGCGAUUGAAAAGGCAGCAGGUACAGAUGGUAAUGCAUUACAAGAUCAGCAGCUCAGCAAAAACGAUGUCCCCAUUGUGGUGCACAGCUGCAUCGCCUUCGUCACGCAGUAUGGUUUAGGAUGCAAAUAUAUCUACCAGAAAAAUGGUGAUCCUCUGCACAUAAGUGAACUCUUGGAGAGCUUCAAAAAGGAUGCUCGAAGCUUUAAGUUGAGGGCCGGAAAGCACCAGCUCGAAGAUGUGACGGGUGUGUUGAAAAGGUUUCUCUUGGACAUUGAUGAUGCACUUCUUACCAAGCAGCUCUAUCCGUAUUGGAUCUCCGCAUUAGAUACGCAGGAUGACAAGGAAAGAAUUAAAAAGUAUGGGGCAUUUAUACGUAGUCUGCCAGGAGUCAACCGAGCAACCCUGGCAGCCAUCAUUGAGCAUCUUUACAGGGUACAGAAAUGCUCAGAAAUCAAUCACAUGGAUGCCCAUAGUCUGGCCAUGGUCUUCUCAUCCUGUUUGUUUCAAACGAAAGGACAAACUAAUGAAGAGGUGAAUGUAAUCGAGGACCUGAUUAAUAAUUAUGUUGAAAUAUUUGAGGUUAAAGAAGACCAAGUCAAACAAAUGGACAUAGAAAAUAGCUUUAUUACCAAGUGGAAGGACACUCAAGUUUCCCAGGCUGGAGAUUUGUUGAUUGAAGUGUAUGUAGAGAGGAAGGAGCCAGACUGUAGUAUUAUAAUUCGGAUAUCCCCUGUGAUGGAAGCAGACGAAUUAACUACUGAUAUAUUAGCGAUAAAAAAUAUCAUUCCUGCAAAAGGUGACAUAUGGGCCACAUUUGAAGUCAUUGAAAAUGAGGAGCUGGAGCGUCCUCUUCACUACACAGAAAAUGUGCUGGAGCAGGUGCUUCGGUGGAGUUCAUUAGCUGAGCCUGGCUCUGCCUACCUUGUGGUGAAGAGAUUCUUGACCAUUGACACGAUUAAACACUACAGAGAAAAGAGUGCGCUGGAAAGCAUCAAAGAAGGAAUCUUGAAAAUCAAAGAAGAACCAUCUAAAAUACUGUCUGGAAAUAAGUUUCAGGACCGGUACUUUGUUUUACGAGACGGGCAUCUCUUUCUUUACAAGGAUCUGAAGAGUAGUAAACAUGACAAAAUGAUUGCCGUCAGUUCAAUGAGGUUUUAUCUUGGAGUGAAAAAGAAAACGAAGCCUCCAACAAGUUGGGGAUUGACCGCGUAUUCUGAAAAACAUCACUGGCACCUGUGCUGUGACAGUUUACAAACCCAGAUGGAGUGGAUGGCCAGUGUCUUUUAUGCCCAGCAUGAAAAUGAUGUCUGGCCACCAGCUGGAAAGGAACGAAAACGUUCAAUCACCAAAAAUCCCAAAAUUGGAGGUUUGCCUCUAAUUCCCAUUCAGCAUGAGAGGACUGCUACCCAAGCCCGGAAAAAUAUUGAGAGUGCAAGAGCAGAACUCGAAAGGCUGCGGCUCAGUGAAAACCAUGAUAAAGGGUCUGUGGACGCUACCCUGAAGGAGAGAGCCUCCAUCGUGGCCCACUGCCUGGAACACAAGGACGACAAACUUCGAAAUCGAACCAGGAAACAUCGGAGUUUCAACUGCCUGGAGGACACAGAGUCUGAGGUCUCCCAUGGCCAACAAAAAGGCCAGCGAGGUCUAAAGACCUUGAGGAAGACUGAGGACAGGAACAGCAAAGUGACUUUGGACUCCGACCAUAAGCUACCGUCAAAGGUAAUCGAAGAACUGAAUGUGGUUCUACAGCGGUCGAGAACACUUCAGAAAGAGUUACCGGAUGAGCAGAUUUUGCAGAAAGAAUUGAAGUAAAUGGUCCUGCAAAUUAUUUUUGAACAUUGUGUAUAAAGUCUGUGUGUAAAUGAGAAAUAACCAUAACUGAGGAGAACUUACCUCUCUGAACAAAUGUCUGUCUAUACUUAAGAGAUUUGUUUGUACCUAGCAUUUAAAAUAUGUAUAUAUGUGAUUAAGCAUAAAAUCCACUUUAUUUUGGUCUGAACAAAGCUUGUAAUGUUCAGUUAUAUUAACCUCGUGUAAGAAGGCCUCUGGGUUGUUUUACGUGUUCAACCCUUUCAAAGUAGUUGUCAUUUUAGGGGUAUAAUUUAUGAGCAGAAAUUUCAACCUGUACUGUAUUGUAUAAAAUGCUGUUUUAAAUGAAGCCUAUGAAAUGAUCUGUAACAUAUUUUGCACUUUGAGAAACCUUGUACAGUAAGUUACCGUAUGUUUUUAGGUUUACAUAGGGUCCUCCUUAGGGAAGAGAAAGGGAAAUAAGUUGAAUAGAGGGAAGAUUAAUUUAAAUGGCUGCCUAACAAACAUGGGGGUUUUAUUAAAAAAAGGCACGAAGUUAUCACAUGUCCCGCCAACUUAAGAUUCAUUUUAGUUCGCUAAUGACCAGAACUUGUUAGUGAGAAACAGUCCAAUGUCUGUUUUCCAAGAGUAACGCUCAACCAGCUAAUGUGAAUGAGGCCCUGGCCACGUUGUUCAUGGUGUUAGCGAGCCAGUCAUGGUCAACAUUCACUAAACAGGGUUCUUCGACGGUGGCUGCUAAGAGGAAGUGUGUCACUGGACACACUGGACCUGGGACCUGGCCUGGAUGCCAUUUGCACUGUCGCUAUACACAAGCUCGUUUUAGAAUUCCUAACUGUACUUGGGUACGAAGGAAAAUUUUCUUCACAGGGUCAUCUUGCUGUUGUUCGAUUUAUGCAUGUGUUAUUGUUUUACUUUGUAGUUACUUUAAGUACGUUUGUAAGGCCUUGCUCUGUAUUGUCAGAAUUAAUAGGAAGUACACAAACAGUGGCCAUUGGGGGUUAGGGGAUGGUUUCACCAUUCUACUCUGUGUUUGGGGGGCUACCAUUCACGUUAUAUCCAGUUUGGGUUUGUUGUUGUUGUUGUUGUUGUUAUUGCUGCUCUUCUGUUCAUUUGAAUCAGUGCUGUAUCUAUGAAUAAUGUCAAAGCCCCUGUAUUUUUGUUUCUACCUAAAGAUCAGCUACUGAAUUAGUGAUUUCCUGAAGACAAACAGUGCUCUCUAAUUAUAAUUCAUGUCAGGGGCAGUACAUUCCACCAGUUUCUUUCAAAGUGUACUAAGUUUGGUGAGUUUCAAUACUAAAAAUUAAUUUGUUUAGCUAAGCUUUAUUCUUAGCAUUCCCCCCCUCCCAUUUAUUCCCUUAUUUUUUUUUUUUUUAGGUAUUUUUUUCCAUCAGAAUAUGUCUGUACACAAAGACCCAUACUUUAGUCAGUCCAAUCAUAGUUUCAUAUUACUGGGUGAUUACAGUAGGCUAUUAAAAGCUAUGAAUGUCUUCAUUCUAAAUACUGACCUUUUAUAUUUGGUGGUGAUAAAAUAUUUUCCAUGCGUAUGUGGUAUUUAUUCUAAUCCAAAUAAUUUGGAAUUAUUUUUAAAAAAACAACUGCAGAGCAGUUCAUGAAAUAGGUGGCACUAUUAAGAAACAUUCCUUUAAAAAGCAAAUAAUCAUGUAAUGUAGGAAGAAAAGUUAAUCUUAAAUAAACUAUGAUUUCUAAAAUAAUGAUAUUUAUAUUUUUAUAAAAUAAGGAGGCAUUUGGAGAGUAACGUGUUUGGCUUUGUUGCACAAGGGAAGGUUUUUGGAGUUUUUAUCUGCCUUAUCUGAACUUUUCUUGAAACUUGAGCUUCAAAUCUAAUAGUUUCUGUUUCCCUUACUGUCUUGAACAAUUGGCUGCAUUUCUCGAGCAUAAGAUAAGGGCUAAUGAUGACACCCUCAUGUACUUUGAAUAAAAAUUAAAAUUAUUUUCCAA